AACCAAUCACGAGUUGGGACGGAUAUUUCUCCUUGAUUUCAGGGAGGGCAAUUUGGAACCACAGGUUGUGUUUCUUGAAGCCGACAGAUCUGUUCGCGUCUACACAGGUGAUAGACUGAUGGAAGAAUUUCAGGGUGCAAUAAAUAGCUUCCAAAAGGACUGGUUACAGUUGCAAGAAAAGCACUCAUCACUAGUUAUGUCACUGUACAAACUCAAGGAGGAAGAGACAAGUUGCGUCCGUAGUGUUAAACAUUGUAGAAACUAUAUGAAACUUUUGAAGCAUGAAAUUGCAAGUCUUCAAAAGAAUGCUACGGGUGAUGAGAUUACCAUACUUGAAAAAGCCAAAAUCGAUAUUCUUAAGAAAGAGUAUGUUUUACGGGAUAUUGAAGAUGUUUUACCUCGCACACCAGGUUUGUAUUUGCGUGUCGUACUUGGAGCUCUUAAUAUAUCGUUUGCUAACAAGGAGGACAAAUUCAGAUACAAGAAUGAUUACGAACGGUUUAAAAUCAUUAUUUCGGGAAUAUGUGCAUUUUUGGCGUUUCUGCUAUACUUUUACGUUCAGAAUAGAAUUGUGGAUACUAUUUUUCAUUUUCUAUUGGUAUGGUACUAUUGCACACUAACUAUUCGCGAACGCAUUCUUAUUGCCAAUGGGUCACGCAUUAAAGGGUGGUGGAAUAUAUCUCAUUUUAUGUCAACAGCCUAUUCUGGUAUUAUGCUUAUCUGGCCUAGAUCUCGUUCGUAUGAUGAAUUUCGUGAUCAGUUCAUGCUUUUUUGCUUAUACCUGAAUCUUGUUCAUUUUAUACAAUUUCAAUAUCAAAUAAGUUGCCUGUAUAAACUUCGUACUUUGGGUUGUCGACAUCCAAUGGAUAUAACUGUUGAUGGUUUCAUGUCAUGGAUGUUUCGUCGAAUUACGUUCGUCCUACCUUUCCUAUUUGUAGUAUACGGUUUUGAACUAUACAUGGCUUAUAAUCUUUACGUCAUAUCCCAACAGAGCUAUUGUCACGAAUGGCAGGUCAGAUAUUAUUUAAAUGUUUGCAAAAUUACUUAAUAUAAAACUGAUAUCUUAUAAAUACAUACAGGCCAAGUGGCAAAUGUGAUUACAUUUUAUCAGCAUUUAGUUACCGAAUCCAUUUUAUUGGGGGUUAAAAGGAACGAAAUAAAACUAAGUAACACUAAGUUAAUAUUAAUAUUUGUUAAAGUUCCAUGCUUGUUAUUAAUUAAACGUAUUUAUGCUUCUUAAGAUCCACGAAUAACAGAAAGCAGCUUCAAUCAAUCACAGAUUGUGGUUUAACUAGAUUCGCACUAUACAUUCAAUUGUACCUGCUGUAUCAAUCAUUUAUUUCAUACUAGCAAUGGGCAGUAUUGUGACAGUUUUACAAGUGAUACGUCAAAAGAUUUGUGCACCACCACCUAUUGUACUUCAUGAUCAUUUAACGAAAAAGUAUAGUUUUGCUGUACCAAAUGAAAAAUUUAAGGCUUAUGACGAAUUCGGUGAUAAUGAUGAUACAACAACAGAAAAGGUCAUCACAUAAUUAUCUUGUAUACAUACUUGCUGAAUUGAAUUUUUGUGUAUCAUUUAUUAUGAAAAUGUUUCCCUUCUGUUUUGUAAAGAAAAUAAAAUAGAAUCAUUUAUACCUGAUCUCUUUUCCAAUAAAAAAGGUGUCUGUGUUGAUUCCUAUAAUUCCUGUGUGUUUUUAAUAUAUACUAUUGAAAAUAUAUGAUUUACACAUUUCUGUCAACUCAAUUUCUUCUGUUUGCAUACUUUUUUAACUCUGCAACAUUCUCUCCGACGUUAAAAAGCGAAUUAAAGUUACAUUUUUACUAUACCUUUGAAGUUUCGUGUUUUACAGUUGACGUAUACAGAUAUUUUUCUAUUAUGUAUGUAGUGCUGUGUAUAUGACGAUCAUCCUUUCUUUUGCUUCGCAAGCUAAUUUUAUAGUUGGCUAUCAUCAUUGAAGAACAAAUUUCCUUAUCUAUACUCACUAACCAUUUUUAUAUUUGAUCCAGAUAAACAAGACAUUGGACAUUUUAUUACCUUCACUACUUGUUUGUUCAGGUAAAUUAUAAUAUUUUAUUCUCGAAGAUAUCAUACUUCUAUGAAUUUGGUGAUCAUCUUUUUGUGCUAAUGGAGUGAGGCAACUUGGACCGAUGCAUAUAUGUGCCUGGUCCUACGUUGUAGCUGACUGACUCAUACUUAAUGUAUUAUUUAUAUUACAUACGCUUGGAUACUAUGUAUUUUCCUCGUUCUCCUAAUUUAUUGUAUACAUUAUUAUUGUACAUGUUGUUUAGCUUGUAUAUUUCCAAUUAGUGUUUUUUUAAUUCACAUAUUUUGAUAGUAUGAAAAGCGUAGUUUCAAAAUUUUAAAAUGCCAAAGUAUAUUCAUUUCAUUAGUUUAAUGUUGUCUUGAUGAAAAAAGAAUAUAUUCUAUGACGUAAA